AUAACUGCUUACUUCCUCUGCUGCUACCCAGAUCUGAGACGCAAGCUCAGAGAAAACAUAUCAGACACAGAUAUAUAGACAGACAGAAGGAUAUAGAUGAGAGAACUUUCAGAAAGUGACACUAUAGAUUGAACUUUUGGCUUCUAAGCAUUACUGUCACUCUUACGAUUUCUGUUUCUGCAACCAUACAAAAAGGCAUUGGCCUACCACUUUAAAACUGUUGGGGGCUAUCAUGCUCGGAGAAGCUUUCCUUCAUGUUCUGAACUGCACAGAAGACACCACGAAACAUGAUGGACACUCUCACACACUCUCAUCCACCCUCACGACCUGUCCCGACCCCUGCAUGACACACGCCACUGCCAGAUCACCUCUGCCACCACAAACUGUGAGAGCUGUCAGGCCCAAAGGCCUGGAAAAGCCAAGGCAGUGCCGGUCCUCUGCACCCAGCAACGCUAUGCCCAUUCAUAGCUGUAGCAGGGAGGAAGACUUGGGCAUGACUCUAUAUUGCUCCUGGUGCUGUCCCAGCUUCUACAAGGACUAUCCAGACCUCCGGCUUGCAGGUGACCGGCUGGAGCACUGGAGUCCUCAUAACCCAGACCUGCUCAACCCACCACCGGACGACGGACCACUGCUUCAAUCUCAGGACUUGAUCUCUCUGGAGCCUUCUUUGGAGCUAAGUCAACAAGCAGUGGGUGUAAGCCAGCAGGACGAGGGGUAUCUCGUCAUGAGGAGUGUUCAGAGCCCAGGCUGGGAGAGAAGGCUCACCAACUCCAUGUUGAACGGCUAUCUGGAGGUCCAAAUGCUGGAGGUGUUUUGCCAGCAUAUGCAAAACAUGGCGUGCUGCGGAUCUUCAUUGCUGGGCGCUGACGUCAUGCCGGCACUGGUGCCCACCAGCCUGACUGUAUCCAAGGAACAGACACUCCCCAGUCAGGAAGAAGAGCUGGGUUCUUCAUCCAGUAAUGUUGUGCGAUACUUGAGCACUUGCUCAGCUCCAGCCACCUCCCACUUCAGCUCACCUGUGCUGCGAAUUUCAGAAGAUGAGUAGCCACACUUAGAAACACACUCCUGACCUAAUAAAACUUCCUGUCUUUUGACCAACACACAAAUUUUUGUUAAAGGAAUGUUCUGCGUUCAGUACCCACAUCAUUUGUGGCAUUUAGAUUACCAGAGAUUUGUUUUGACUAAUGCCAGGAUUUUUGUAAAGCAAAAGUAUAGAUAGAACAUUAACAUACACAAUGUUUCAAAUGUAUAGAUCGUAUGUAGCCCCGGGCCUUUUCAGCGUUGCGCUUGUUGUGUUCUGUCUUUUUUGGUUUGUAUUUUCACAAGGUAAGAUUUUAUGGAUUUAUGAAUGAACCGCUCGUUUUAAAUUCUUCCCUUUAAAUUACAUUUGUCAUGACAUCCACUUUAAACAUUGCAAUGCUCAUGAUAACUUUAGUUAACUCUACAAUAGGUGAAUGAAUCCAUGUCACAAGCUUAUUACUCCCCAAUAGCGAUCCUAUAGAAAUAUUUGAGCUAUAGCGCAAAAACGGAAGUUCAAAGACAAAAUUCUAAAGAUGGCUGCAUGCUUGUUUCUCUGCAUGUUAUCAUUGGGUUUGAUAACUUGUGAACUUGUCUAUAUAAAAGUUACACUACUGUUCAAAGGUUGGGUCUGUAUUUUUAAUAAGUCUCUUAUGCUCACAAUGAAGGCUGUAUAUAUUCAAUCAAAAAUACAGUAAAAAACACAAUAUUUUGGAAUAUUGUAUUGUAAAAUGUACUUUAUUUCAUUGAUUAUUACACAUGAUCCAUCAGAAAUCAUUCUAAUAUGCUGAUUUGGUUCUCAGGAAACAUUUCUUAUUAUUAGCAAUUCUGAAAAACUACUGGAAACUAUUUGAAAUGGAAAUCUUUUGUCAAAUUGUCUUUACUGUCACUUUUGAUGAAUUUAAUGCAUCCUUACUGAAUAAAAGUGUUGAUUCUUUUUUUUCAUAUCAGCACAUCAUAAGAGUGCUUUAACAUACAUGAGUCUUACAUUUCUAUAUUUAGACUUUCCAGACUGCUGAACUCUUUACUUCCAUGUUAAAUACUAAAUUGCCUACGUAAUUAUUACUGUAACUGCAAUUUGUGCUUUUUUAUAAAAGAAAAAAACCUACUGAGGGACAGUUCUGUUAUAAUUUUUAAAAUGUUUUUUUUCUGUUAUAUUUAAACGUUCUGCUACAAAUUCUGUCAAUAGAGCUUAACUUUUGUUUAACUCAGAACAUUCCUUUAAUUUACAUUUUCAUUAAUGCUAAUUCACCCUUUCCAGACCUCACAGACUGACAAAUUGUGACCAACUGCAAAUCCCUCAGAAAACCCACAAACAAGUCCAAUGCCAUAGCAGAGUGCCUCUUUUCUUUUUACUCAUCCACAAUCCUCCUCUCUCCUCUGCACUCCAUUGUAAGCUUCCAUCAACAUGGCAUGUUUAGAAGAAGAGGAACCAAAGUCAUGCUGUCAUGUGUAGACUGUGUAAUGACAUCUAUAAAUGUUACCACUUCCUACUAAACAGCCAAUCAAAUGUUGUUUAACUCCAUCAGUCCUGCUGCUAAAUGCUACUUUCGCUUUCCUUGUAAUCAUAAUAAAGCGUUAAUAAUGAAUUUAAACUC